UAAAGUAGCAGUCUCUCUUUUCUCCUGUGUUCCAGACUGCCUUGGCCUUUGCCCGAGCCUCUGCUUUGUGCUUGAAUUUUAACAGCAUGAUGAUCCUGAUUCCUGUGUGUCGCAAUCUGCUGUCCUUCCUGAGGGGCACCUGCUCAUUUUGCAACCGCACACUGAGAAAGCCAUUGGAUCACAACCUCAUCUUCCAUAAGCUGGUGGCAUAUAUGAUCUGCAUAUUCACAGCUAUUCAUGUCAUUGCACACCUAUUUAACUUUGAACGCUACAGUAGAAGCCAGCAGGCUAUGGAUGGAUCUCUUGCCUCUGUUCUCUCCAGCCUAUCUCAUCAUGAGAAAGAAGGGGAUUCUUGGCUAAAUCCCAUCCAGUCUCCAAACACGACAGUGUUGUAUGCAACAUUUACCAGUGUUGCUGGCCUUACUGGAGUGAUUGCCACAAUAGCGUUGGUUCUCAUGGUAACUUCAGCUGUGGAGUUUAUCCGUAGGAAUUACUUUGAGCUCUUCUGGUAUACACAUCACCUUUUUAUUGUCUAUAUCAUAUGCUUAGGGAUCCACGGCCUGGGUGGUAUUGUCCGUGGUCAAACAGAGGAGAGCAUUAGUGAAAGCCAUCCCUACAAUUGUUCAAGUUCGUUUCUUGAGUGGGAUAAGUAUGAGUGGAGUUGUACACGCCCUCAUUUUGUGGGGCACCCCCCUGAGUCUUGGAAGUGGAUCCUUGCACCAAUCACUCUAUACAUCUUUGAAAGGACCCUUCGCUUUUAUCGCUCCCAACAGAAGGUUGUGAUUACUAAGGUUGUCAUGCACCCAUCUAAAGUGUUGGAAUUGCAGAUGCGAAAGCGUGGCUUUAGCAUGGAAGUGGGACAGUAUAUAUUUGUAAAUUGCCCCUCAAUUUCCUUCCUGGAAUGGCAUCCAUUCACUCUGACCUCUGCUCCAGAGGAAGAAUUCUUCUCCAUUCAUAUCCGAGCGGCAGGGGACUGGACAGAAAAUCUCAUAAGGACAUUUGAACAACAGCACUCACCAAUGCCCAGGAUUGAGGUGGACGGUCCCUUUGGCACAGUGAGUGAGGAUGUUUUCCAGUAUGAAGUGGCUGUACUGGUUGGGGCAGGGAUUGGGGUCACUCCCUUUGCUUCCAUCUUGAAAUCAAUCUGGUACAAAUUCCAGCGUGCAGACAACAAGCUCAAAACCCAAAAGAUCUAUUUCUACUGGAUCUGCAGAGAGACAGGUGCUUUUGCCUGGUUCAACAACUUAUUGAAUUCCCUCGAACAAGAGAUGGAGGAAUUAGGCAAAAUGGAUUUCCUAAAUUAUCGUCUUUUUCUCACUGGCUGGGAUAGCAACAUUGCUGGUCAUGCAGCAUUAAAUUUUGACAAAGCUACCGACAUCCUGACAGGUCUGAGACAGAAAACCUCCUUUGGGAGACCAAUGUGGGACAAUGAGUUUUCCAGAAUAGCUGCUGCUCACCCCAAGUACGUACCUUGCCCUCUAGUUAACUGA